CGCCCGCCGCCGUUGACCGGAAGGGGCGGAGCGACGGCGGCGGUGGAGGCCGGGCCCAGCCCCCGGCGCCAUGUGGUCCGUGCUCUGGGCCGCCGUGCGCUCCAAGGCCCCGUAUGUCACGUUCCCGGUGGCCUUCGUGGUGGGGCUGGUGGGCUACCACCUGGAGUGGUUCCUCCGCGGCGACCCCCCGCCCGCGGCCGAGGAGGAGAAGAGCAUCUCGGAGCAACGGGAGGAGCGCAAGCUGCAGGAGAUCGCGGGCAAGGACCUGACCAAGGUGGUGAGCCUAAAGGAAAAGCUGGAGUUCGCCCCUCGGGCCGUGCUGAACAGGAACCGCCCGGAAAAGAGUUAAUAAAGUUGUUUGGGCAAAUGCGGUGCCCUGGAGAGACCGGCCCUGGGGCUGGAGGGCUGUGUCCUGCAGCACUGUGCUGGGGACUCCCUUGUCACCUCCACAUCUUCCACCAAGUCUCCCUCCCGCAUUGGCCCAUGCUUGGGCACUACGUGGUGCCCGCUGCUGCUCUUCACCUUCCCAGGGCCCUUCAGAGGGUCAGGGUUUGCCCACCCCACGGAUACGCUGAAGACACAGCACCCAGACCUCCACCUUUGUGGCAGAGCAGGCAGGGAGCCAUGAUCUGGAGGUGGAGCAUGUCUGAAACUCAUCAGCUCUCGGCUUGUCCUGGCCCCUGAACCACGAAACCCCCUCGGCCUGGUUCUAGCCACAUCUCCUUAGGUUUGGUUUCUUCCAUGGCGUGAAGAUAGAAGAAAGGUGGACCUGAGUGACAUGGGGUCAGGGUCAGGCUAACUGCCUGCCGCAGGAGGACCUGCUGUCCCGCUUACAGCUCUCCCGUGACUUUUUGCAAACCCCAACCACAGCACCACGCUACCACGUUAUGGCCACGGGAGCCUGAGCAGUGGUGGAGAUCUCUGGAGAGCCCCUCUCUGCAUCACCCCCAGGCUUUGCAGCAAGGAUGGGGGAGGUGGAAGUCCUGGCCCUGCUUCUGUCAUGGAGCUCCAAGCGUGGCAGUGGCUUUGGGCUGGCGGGUAGAGAGGGGGGAGAUCUCUGCCCUGUAUGGGAACAGCCAGAAUAAACUUCUGUCAGUC